AUGUACGUUUGCAAAAGAGACGGCCGUAAGGAGCCAGUACAAUUUGAUAAAAUUACUUCUCGUAUUGCUCGUCUAUGUUAUGGACUAGAUCCUAAGCAUAUUGACCCAGUUAAAAUCACCCAACGUAUCAUCUCCGGUGUUUAUGAAGGUGUCACCACAAUUGAGUUAGAUAACUUAGCUGCAGAAACAUGUGCUUAUAUGACCACCAUUCACCCAGAUUAUGCUGUUUUGGCUGCCAGGAUUGCAAUCUCCAAUUUGCACAAACAAACAACUAAACAAUUUUCCAAAGUUGUGUCUGAUUUAUACCACUAUAUAAACCCUAAAAAUGAUAUUCCUUCACCAAUGAUUAGCGAAGAAGUCUAUAAUAUUGUUCAGAAACAUGAGAAUGAACUAAAUUCCGCCAUUGUGUACGAUAGAGAUUUUUCGUUUAACUAUUUUGGCUUCAAAACUUUAGAGCGUUCCUAUUUGUUGAAAUUAAACGGCAAGGUUGUCGAACGUCCCCAACAUUUACUAAUGAGAGUUUCGGUUGGUAUUCACGGUGACAAUAUCCCAAAAGUUUUAGAAACUUAUAAUUUAAUGUCACAGAGGUAUUUUAUUCACGCUUCUCCAACUUUAUUCAAUGCUGGUACACCACGUCCACAAAUGUCAUCUUGUUUCUUGGUUGCCAUGAAAGAUGACUCCAUCGAAGGUAUUUACGAUACUCUAAAAGAAUGUGCCUUGAUUUCUAAGUCCGCAGGUGGUAUUGGUUUACACAUCCAUAACAUCCGUUCCACCGGCUCCUACAUUGCUGGUACCAACGGUACUUCUAAUGGUAUUAUUCCUAUGGCCCGUGUUUUCAACAAUACUGCUCGUUACGUUGAUCAGGGUGGUAAUAAGAGACCGGGUGCCUUUGCCUUGUAUUUGGAACCAUGGCACAGUGAUAUCUUUGAUUUCAUUGACAUCAGAAAAAAUCAUGGUAAGGAGGAAAUUCGUGCUAGAGAUUUAUUCCCUGCUUUGUGGGUUCCGGACUUAUUCAUGAAACGUGUUAAGGCCAAUGGCGAUUGGACAUUGUUUUCUCCAAGUGAAGCACCAGGGUUAAGUGAUGUUUAUGGCGAUGAAUUUGAAGCGUUGUAUGAAAAAUACGUUGCCGAAGGCCGUGGCAGAAAAACUAUUAAGGCUCAGAAGUUGUGGUAUGCUAUUUUAGAAGCUCAAACAGAAACCGGGACCCCAUUUGUUGUCUACAAAGAUGCUUGCAAUAAGAAAUCUAAUCAAAAGAAUUUGGGUGUUAUUAAAUCUUCUAACUUGUGUUGUGAGAUUGUUGAGUAUUCGAACCCGGAAGAGACAGCUGUUUGUAAUUUGGCUUCCGUUGCUUUACCUGCAUUUGUCACCGUUUCUGAAGACGGCAAAACCCAAUGGUACGAUUUCAAGAAACUACACAAAAUAGCUAAAGUUAUGACCCGUAACUUGAACAGAGUUAUUGAUAGAAAUUUCUAUCCAGUUGAAACUGCCAGAAAAUCCAAUAUGAGACACAGACCUAUUGCCUUGGGUGUACAGGGUUUGGCAGACACAUUCCAAAUGUUACGCUUACCUUUUGAUUCUGAAAGAGCUAAGGAGUUGAAUGUCUUGAUAUUUGAAACCUUGUACCAUGCUGCUUUAGAGGCUUCCAAUGAAAUGGCCCAAGAAGAAGGCUGCUACGAAACUUUUGAAGGUUCUCCAGCCUCUAACGGCAUUUUACAGUUUGACAUGUGGGACAGGAAACCGACUGACUUGUGGGAAUGGAAUUCUUUGAAGGAAAAUAUCAAGACGCAUGGUUUAAGAAACUCUUUGUUGCUUGCUCCUAUGCCAACCGCUUCUACUUCUCAGAUUCUGGGCUAUAAUGAAUGUUUUGAGCCUUUUACUUCCAACAUGUACACUCGUCGUACUUUAUCUGGUGAGUUUCAGGUUGUCAACCCAUACUUGUUACGUGAUUUAGUGGAUAUGGGCGCUUGGAAUGAAGCUGUGAAAUCCCAUAUCAUUGCCAACAACGGUUCCAUUCAACAAUUAACACACCUACCACAGGAAUUAAGAGAUUUGUACAAAACCGUCUGGGAAAUUUCCCAAAAGGGUAUUAUCGACAUGGCCGCUGACCGUUCUGCGUUUAUUGAUCAAUCUCAUUCUUUGAACAUCCAUAUCCGUGCUCCAACCAUGGGUAAAUUAACAAGUAUGCAUUUUUACGGAUGGUCUAAGGGUUUGAAGACUGGUAUGUAUUACUUGAGAACACAGGCUGCCUCCGCUGCUAUCCAAUUUACCAUCGACCAAAAGGUUGCUGAGCAGGCCAAUAAAGCUGUUUCCUUUGAAAAGCUAUCUCGACCACAAUAUAUUCCAUAUGAAAAUAUUUCGAAUGACGGUGUUGAAUCAGAAAAAGAAACCCGAGCCAAAGAGGAUAAUGUGACUACAUCUACUGAAUCUGCUGUCAACAGUAAAAAGAGAGCAUCUUCUCCCUCUGAUUCUACUGUAUCUAAUGCUGUUACAUUGACCGAAAGUAUUUCUUCUCUGACUAUGAAAGAAGAAAUCGAAACAACUGUUCUUGAAAAGAAAACAGAAACAAACGAAGAAUUUGACAUUUUCAACUCUAAAGUCAUUGCAUGUGCCAUUAAUAAUCCAGAAGCCUGUGAGAUGUGUUCUGGUUAA